GUGGCAUAUUAAAACAUCGCGAGAACUGCUCAUAUCAGCUCCAUAAGACAUCGCGAGACUAUCAUCCGGUCCUUCACCUCCUGAAUCCAGCUGGCUGCCUGCCGUUCACGGUUCUGUUGCAGUGAGGUGAGCGUUGCCAGUCAUCAUGGGAAACAUCUUUGGCAACUUGUUGAAGAGCCUCAUAGGGAAGAAAGAGAUGAGGAUUCUCAUGGUGGGUCUGGAUGCUGCAGGGAAAACCACCAUCCUCUACAAGCUGAAGCUGGGCGAAAUCGUCACCACCAUCCCCACAAUCGGUUUUAAUGUAGAGACGGUGGAGUACAAGAACAUCAGCUUCACAGUGUGGGAUGUGGGCGGCCAGGACAAGAUUCGUCCCCUGUGGAGGCACUACUUUCAGAACACCCAGGGACUGAUCUUUGUGGUGGACAGCAAUGAUCGUGAGCGAGUGAACGAAGCUCGGGAGGAACUCAUGAGGAUGCUGGCUGAAGACGAGCUGCGGGAUGCCGUUCUUCUCGUCUUUGCCAACAAACAAGACCUGCCCAACGCCAUGAAUGCCGCCGAGAUCACAGACAAACUGGGGCUGCACUCCCUACGUCAUCGCAACUGGUACAUUCAGGCCACAUGUGCCACCAGUGGAGACGGUCUGUACGAGGGCCUGGACUGGCUGGCCAAUCAGCUGAAGAACAAAAAGUGAAGAUUCCAGUCGCGAGGCUGAGUGCCGCCUUCAGGUAGUCGAUACUUUGUGUUUACUGGAGUAGUGAUGAAACACUCCUCCAUGUCUUUCUUUCUCCAAACUUCUCUUUUACUUCCUUCAGUUGAUUAAUUUGUUUGAAUCUGCUGUGUCUGUUUUGAAUUAUUUGCAAAGCAAUGGUGUUGAAGUUUACCUAAAUGACUUAUAUUUUACAAGCCGGCCACAAAUAUUUGAGGGCAUAUAAACAUGGAAAGAUAUACCCAUAUUUUAAAUGAAUUUGUUUCUAAAGUAAAAGUCCUGAAUCUUGAGUUGUGAUAACAGAAUAAUAUGGAGAAUUUUCCCUCAGAAGCUUAAGUUAUAAAGAAUGUUAUUCAGGUUUGUUAUAUGAAUGCAUAUAAUUCAGAGUACAAAUUGUAUACUGGCUUCGAUAAAUGCAGUCGCAUAGUGUUCAUACCAGUAGUUUACCAGACGAUACACUCUAGAGCGCAAUUCGUAUGUUGUUAAAGUUAAUUUAGCUAUUAAGUAAAUGGGUUUUUUGUUUGUUAAUCUGAAAUGCGAAAUGCGCUUGAUCAACUUAAGCACUUUGUUUUUGUCAUUAUAUUAAUUUAUUUAUUCCUGUUUAUUUAUUUGUUUAUUUUCGUUUGUUUGCAUCAUAUGUUGUCUCCCAUUAUUGCACUGCAUUUACUGCUAUGUCAGCAAAAAAUAAACGUCAGUAUAACUGCAUAUUCCUGCUUCCCAUUCUGCAUGGUGAUAUCUCAGUUCUGGCUAAUGGGGUUUGUAUGAGCUGUGAAUGACUGCAGGCAACUGCUGUAAAUUAAAAAAUAAAUAAUAAUAGUUUUUUUUGUUUGUUUGUUUGUUUUCUUGCCUGGUUUAAUAAGGGAUAUAACAAUUUGCUUCAGCGAGGUAUGAUUGCUGCACUCAUACUGGUGAUGGAACCUGCACACUGUACCAGCUCUGUGGCUUAAUUGCUGCUGUUGUCCCAUCGUGCAGAGACGUGAUGCCGCAGAGCAUGCGAUUGGCAGUAUUGGAAAGCUUAUGUUGUUUCGAAUGUUUAGUUUGUGCAAGCUGCACUAUAUCUCACAGAAGAACCCACGCAGCUUGCAGUCUUGAUUUGGUCAUCUUUUACCAACGUGACAUUACAUACAUUUCUGCAUAUUGUGUUGCACAAAAUAACUUUGGAUGCAUUGUUGUUGUACAGUAUGAACUGUCAGAUUUUUCUUUUCUUGUAUAUUUGAGUGGAGAAUUUCUUUUUGAUCAGACUAUAAGUUGAUAUAAGUUUUUUUUUUUUUGUGUUUACACAAAUCACAAUUUGAAGAAAACAGGAGAGCAGAUGAUCGUAAUGUUGCAUCAUAAAGCAUGUUAAUACUGUAAAAGAGCUGUAAGUAAAGUGAAUUAUAAUAGCCCGUUUCCUCAGACUAUAUUUGCUAGUCUAAAUUCCUGCUGCUGGUUGAGAUGUUGCUGUACCGAUCAAUGUUAGGGAUUUAAUGUAAAGUUUACCGGGCAACCUUCUAAUAUGCAAAAGCAUGCUUUUCUAUAUCACCGCAACUGUAUAUAUAUUUAUGUAACAAGAAAAAAAUACAGUGGUAUUUGCCGUCAAAUUGAAAAUGUUUGGGUCAGUGUGUUGGUGUAACUGACAGCAGCUUGUGUGUGUGUGUGACAUGCCCUUUAUUAAGUUUGGUGUGAAAAUUGUUUUGUUUUGUUUUUGUGGCCUUAUAUUGCCAGUGGUUCAUUUCUCUUUGAUAACUGGUUUAUAUGUAGGAAUGUCCAGUAAUGUCCAGAAUGUUCAGUAACAUUCCAGGUAGUAGAUUUGUCACCUAUGAUCUGUAACACUAGUGCACUCACAGUACUGUUGUGGCUAAACAUUUUUUGAUCACUAUUGGCAUAAAAAAAGUGAUGCAAGAAAAAUUCAGUAACAUUCCAAGUAGUAAUAAUAACAAUAAUAAUAACAAUCUGAAUCCUUAAAUUAAGAGGUUAAAGUGACAAACACCAUAAAUUGGUGAAAACGUUGAUUCAGUGAUUGCUGGCACUACAUCAAUCAAUAAAGAAUAAUACUAA